CUGGACCCAUUUUCCAUUGCCUUUUUAAGCUCAAGAACUAAGACCAUAAGGAAAUGUAAAAAAAAGUUGAAACAAAAUCAAGAACCGUGUCCUCUCUUCUCUUCUUCCUUUUCUUCCUUUGAUUUUCAACAGAUCCCUUUGUUUUGUUUUCUCUUUUCUCAGACAUUCAUCUCUAAUGGUUGAGGCUUGAAAAGUGAUAAGCUUAGCUUCUUUGAUCUUUGAUCAUCUGUUUUUUGUUUUUUGUUUUUUGUUUUGGGUUUUUGUUUUCUGGGUUUGUCCUGGUUUUUUUUUAUAUAUAUAACAAUGAGUCCUCUAAAUCUAAGCGAUGAUUUUAAGUGCUACAAUGGUGGUGAGGUGCAAGAGAGGAACUUUUUAUCACUCCCUUCGAUUUUUCCUCAUCAAAUAGGGAGAGUUGCCAAAAACGCUGAAAUGGGGUUUCAGAUUCCAACCUCUUUAAUGGAACAAAGCAAUAAAAGUUUGAGCUUUGAUCCAUUUCAAACCGGGGGAGCCGAUGGAGUUGUUGCUGCUGGUGAUGGAAAAUCUGGGUUUUUGGGUGUUGAAAAAAAGGGUCUUUCUUUGAAUUUAAGUGUUGAAAAUGAAAGUAAUAAAAACCCCGGUGGUAGUGUCAAAAAUGGACACACCAAGCUUUGUUCCAGAGGUCAUUGGAGACCAGCUGAAGAUGCUAGAUUAAAAGAGCUUGUUGCUCAAUAUGGUCCUCAAAAUUGGAACAUGAUAGCUGAACAUCUUGAAGGAAGAUCAGGGAAAAGUUGUAGAUUAAGAUGGUUUAACCAGCUAGAUCCAAGAAUCAAUAGGAAAGCUUUCAGUGAAGAAGAAGAAGAGAGACUCUUAACAGCACAUAAAGUAUAUGGUAACAAAUGGGCAUUGAUUGCUAGAUUGUUCCCUGGUAGAACAGAUAAUGCAGUUAAAAAUCAUUGGCAUGUGAUAAUGGCAAGGAAACAUAGAGAGCAAUCAAGCAUUUACAGAAGGAGAAAACCAUCAUCAUCAACAUCAUCAACUUCUUUCCCUAAAGGAUUGGAUUUGACUGUUCGAAACAAUGCUAGCAGUGACCAAUCCACCAUUUCAUGCAGCAACUCAACCAGUACUGAUCUAGCCCUUACUCCUUCAUCAACAAAAAAAGGAGUACCACCCCAUCAAAAUUUCACCGCUUUUAGUGGUGUUCAUCAAAAGGGUGAAAAAGUGAAAGUGGGGAGCAGUGGAAAUGGUGAUUUUGGCAAAUAUGGUUCCCAACAAAGACCAAUGGGAGUGGUUAUGGGUGUGGACCAAUAUGCUAACUCAUCAGAUUCUAACUCAGAAAUUUCAGCAACUGAGUCAGUGGGAACGAAUAGGACCAACCACUCCCAAACUGCAAUUGGAGAUGACAAGAUCAACAUGCACUUCAUUGAUUUCCUUGGAGUUGGAGCUUCUUAAAACACCAACCAUUAGUUCUUUUUUUUUUUAAUCUAUUUUUUGGGUUUUUUCUUUCUUUUUGUUAAACUUGAAAGUAGAGAAAUCCAGCUGAAAACAGAAGAGGAAAAAGGAGCAAAUUGAGUCCAUUGGGCAAAAAAAAAAAAAUGUUAUGCUUCUGCAGUUGGUUCAUCAUUUUUAUAAUUUUUGUAUAUACAGUUUAGUCCCAUAUAUAUACAUCUUUAUAUAUAAUAUAUAUAAAUAGUUUUUAAGAAGAUGAAAAUAGAGAAGAAGAUGACCGAUUACUUAAA